CUGCAGCGAGAUCAUGCCCCGUUUGUGACUAAGCAUGGAAGCCGCGGGUAAUAAUGAAUAAUUGAAGUCUCAAGCUCUAUUACCUUGUCUCCUUCCCACACAAAUACAGUCAGACGAGCUCGUUGGACAUCGUCUUCUCAGUCACUCUGCUUACGCCAAACAAGUGGUUUUUAAAACAGCUUAGGAUGGUGUCCCCUGCCAUAGCGCUAGCUCUCCUUCCCCUCCUUCUGACGUUCAUCAUCCGGUACCGGUACUACUUUGUACUGUUCUACCGGGCGGUACUGGUGAGAGUGUGGUACGACUGCCGGACGGGGCUGAGCAGGGAGGAAAGGGCCUUCCAGUUCAUUCUGACGCAUGCCACCCCUGGUGAUCCAGACAGCAUCCUGGACACCUUUGACUUCUGGUGCAGCAAGGUCGAGUUCAUCAGUAAUAUUGGGCCUAAGAAAGGUAAGAUCCUGGACCGCCUCCUGUCUGAGCAGUGCCCCCUGACUGUGUUGGAGCUGGGGGCCCACUGCGGGUACAGCACGGUGCGCAUCGCCCGGGCACUGCCACUGGGCGCCAGGCUCUACAGCGUGGAGAUGGACCAGAGGAACGCCACCAUCGCUGAGAAGAUCAUCCGUCUGGCCGGCUUUGACGAUGACACGGUUGAGUUGAUCGUAAAUCCGUCCGACGAGGUCAUCCCUAAGCUGCGGUCAGAGUAUGGACUGGAGCGGCUGGAUUUUGUGUUUAUGGACCACUGGAAGAAGUGCUAUCGCCCUGACCUGCAGGCCCUGGAGGGCUCUGGCCUCCUGGGGAAGGGCUCCAUGAUCCUGGCUGACAACGUGCUGUUCCCUGGAGCUCCGAACUUCCUCAGGCAUGUCCGUGGGUGCGGCCUGUACGAGUGGAGGAUCCACAGGGCCUCUCUGGAGUACAUCAAAGGCAUCAGGGAUGGCAUGGCCGAGUUGGUAUACCAGGGAGUCAAGUAGACACACAGGUUUUAUAGAAGACAGAGCUAAACACGUGAGCACACAGCUGUACAGUAGAACUGAAACACACCGGCAUUAGAUGUGUUCCGGUCACUGCUACGUUUGUUACUAAUGUUCCCUCCCCACUCA